CUCCGCUCUGUUAACCAUCCACAGCAAGGAAGAGCCACAGUCUCUCUCAUUCUCUCUCUAUAUCUCUCUCAAAUUAAUCAGAGAGGUGACGCUAUGCCUCUCUCCAUCCCUAGAUAAUCUGCAUUGGUUUUCACUCAGUUUCAUGCGCUCUUCGUUGUGUUUUUUAUCUUCCGGGGUUGAGGCUGUGGAUUUGACUGCUUGGUACUGAGAACAAGGGGUUUCUCCUUAGGGUUUCUGAUGAUGGCGAUGCGGGUGUUUCUGACAGUGGAGCUUCGUACCUGAGCCUUUUGUCCAUCUAUAUAUGUAUCCAAGCGUAUAUGUUUGUAUUGGGCUAGGGUUUUUUGCUCUUUGUUCCCUGUUCUAGUUUCCUUCAUCUAGAAAAAAUCUAGGUUGUGUUUGAGCUUGGCUGAUAGAUUGUAUCUGAUCUCCGAAUUUGGUUUUGUUUCUAGUCAUAUAUUCCUGAGGUUCUGAAGGAAAGUUUUGAUUUGUAUGGAUUAUGGAUUGAGGGUUUGCAAUUAGCUACGAUUAUAAGUGGUGUUUGGAAGAAUUAAUUGUUGGGAUCUUUGGCUAGUUUUUGGUGUACAAUGAAAGAAGAGAAGAGACCAUUUGUGGUGGAGACCCAAGACCUGAAUUUGGGGGGUGGUGUCAAUAUGGUAGAGUCUCAUUGUUCCGAAAUGGAUGUGGAAAUAGGUGAGACCGGUGUCUCGAGUCUGACGGAUCAAAUUGUAGUUUUUAACUCGGAAAACGGUGAGGGAAGCAAUCGCAAUGUCGUUUUUUCAAGGGAAGCCCCACUUGCUGGGAAGGAUUUCAGAGCAUCAACAGGAGCUGGAGGAGCUUGCAGUUGUGGGGUUAAGAAGCUUAAAUUCAGGCCAAAAACUUCUGAUUCUGAGCCUGGGAAAGAUGACAAACCUGGGCAGGAAAAGAAGCUUAGUAGACAAGACAGGAUUGAGCUGGGGCGGCUGUUUCAGGGUGCUGUCAGUUCCCAUGAUUGGGACCGUGCUGAGAGUUUGAUCUUUCCGCAGACUCUCAAUGAUGCAUUAUGCAUUGCUCUGGAUUCGAUCUGGUUUUUGAGUACACAUCAAGAGUUGUAUGGUAUAACUGGGUUGAUUAAGAAGAUUAUAUCAAAUGGUGCUUAUGACUUUACAAGAGCAGUUCUGAGGACUUCAUUUCUUGCUUCAUGUGUUUCUGCUUGUCAAAGUCGAACAAUGAGCCUCACUGAUACUGUGAAUGUAAUGGCACAAAGGUUGCAUGAGCGACUACAAGAAUGCAACGGAGAUGAAAGUUUGAAAGCUGAAGCUGGUGCAAAGGUUCAGAAGUUCACUGAAUGGGCUCUUAAAUGUAUAGGUUUCCAUUCCCGCUGCCAAGGAAACCGUGAUAGGGUGGGGCGUAACUCAGCUGCUGAGAUACAACUACAGUUAUCUGCUUUCAAAACCUUUCUAGAUCUUGCUGGGAAUAACCUUACAGGAAAGGACUUCACUGAAGCCUUUGAUGCAGCCUGCUUUCCUCUUACUCUAUUCUCUAGCUCAUCCGAUCCUGGUUGGGCGUCUGGUAUAUCAGCAACUGCUAUACAGGGAUUGCUAGGAAUGUUGGUAGAGGGAGGUGCUGACAACGUUAACCAGUGUUUUCUUGAAGCUUCACGUUUUGGAAGCACAGAGCUUGUUCGCAUUCUGUUGCAGAUUGCUCAAAGAAAUAGCUUGGAUGUUGAUGUUGACCUGGCUUUAGGAUUUGCUUCACAUUAUUGUAAAAUUGGAACCAUGGAAUGCUUAGUGGAAGAGGGGAAUGCAAUGGCUUUCUUGGGCCCUCUAAUGAGAGCAGCUGAGAGGGGUUGCAUGCAGGUUGUUGAAUGGUUUGUGGAGAGGGGAUGUGGAGACAUGGAACUCUGCCUUGCUCUCACAGCCGCAACAUCCAGCAGUCAGGUCGAAGUGGCUGCAUAUCUUCUCCCUCAUGUACCUCAGCCAGUUCUUGCUGCUCUUAGUAUUGAGAUUCUCAAGGCAGCUGGUGAACGGAGUGGUGGAUCUCUUGAUGGUGUAGCUUUUCUUCUUCACUCAGACUUCCUUGGUGAUCCUGUGGCUACUUAUGCUGUCGCAGACAGCAUAGCUAGGUCUGAUGAUGAGGCCGUCACUCCUGAGCUCAGGGCUUUUCUUCAGGAGCACUGGUCGGAGGCAGCCUUUUUAGAUGGACUGGAGCAGGGACAAGAACAUUACUUGAACAUGGUGCGAAUUAUGAAAUGGGGUGAAUCUCCAAUCCGUUUGUCGGAUCUUCCAGCUCCCCUGAGGGUUGCGAUAGCAUACCUGCCACUGUAUAGGGAAUGUAUCAAGGUGGGAGGUUGCUUGCUAUCACAAAGGCACAGGGGACAGCUAGUGGGAGCUGCAAAAAGACUCAGUGGUGUCAUGCUCAUCGAGGCAAACCAUGGAAGAGAGUUACUGGCUGUCUUGGAGCAUCAUCUUCCUCCAUUUUUGUUAUAUGCAUCAAGCUUUGGGUAGAAAGAUAGUAGUACUUGCAAGAGUUCAAGUUUAUGAUCGAAUCGAAGCAUAAUAAUACAGUAGCUGGGGGCGACUUUGAUGAAUCCUCAAUAUCUGUCAAUUUUCUCACAACAUAGUCGGGUUGGGUAACUUGUUUUUUGGUUUAACGAAACUGAGGUGAGGUUUAGUGCAUACCUUGCUGUGCACAGCACCUCUAAACUAUCCAAGAAAGAAGAAUACUAGAGUCAGGAGAAGUUGAUACUGCAACCCAUCAUGUAAAAUAGGUACUUUUGUGGCAGUUAUUUUCCUAUUGAUGAUGAUGCUGGUAUACUGAAAAGUGCUAUUAUCUUCCCCUGAAUCAUUGUGUGUAUAUAUUAUCAAUCCUCAUCCUAUUUUAGUUUUAUUGUAUA